AUGGAUGAGAUUAUCGUGUUGCAAACGCUGUAUACACUGCUGGUUCAAAACAAGACCAACCGAGUCUCACUGGUGCGAUUGCAGACGGAGAUCAACGAAAAUGCUUUGAUGAAAAGACUGGUUCCAGCAACAGGGAAAACAGUCGUGUCAGUACACGAAACGCUUGAGCUGAUCAAGAAGCUGUUUCCGAAAAAGACGUCGUUGACAGAGGGACAACUGACUUUUUACAAUUUGAACCUUACAGAGAUGCGAGAACAGUUGUUGGAACGGUAUAGUACCUUGCGAGACGAAUGGGCCACCCGAAUCGCAGAAACAGAGCCUGCGAUUGAAACGCUACUCAAGGAUAAGACGACAUCUCAAAGAACCCGGCUGCUGGUUCUAUGUCGAGACACACUAUUGAACAAAUUCGAAGAACACAGUAGGGCAAGGAUGUAUGCGAAGAGCAUAGGAGGCGAUGGUGUACGAGAGCCCUUGGACUUGGAAGGGAUCCGCAAACGAACACCGGCCAGCAUUUUGGAAUUGCAAGCAUGGUUGCAGAUGUGUGUGGCUAAUGCAACAAUGUGGUAUACAAGCGGAAGUGAAGAAUGGAAGGGUGCAAGGGAGAGUCAAGGUGAGCUGGACGAGACCAUCGGUUUUGUGAGAAGUGUUUUGGAGUGA